AUGUUCCAGAGAAGUAGUUCCGAUCCGAGGCCACGCAUCUGUGGAAGAAGCCUACUGGGCGAGAUGGAACUAUCCAAUGCAGACGGAUUGAGACUUUCAACACUUGAUUCCGGCAGCAAAGAAAAUCAGGCAGGAGAGGAAAUCCGUAUCUCAAGAAAUACUCAAGAAAUUAUUGAAGAGGCCCAUUGGAAGCAGUGA